AUGCAGUCAAAAGAUUCAGAAUCCCCUUUGCAUAACUGUUCUGAAAUAAGCUCUGAGCCUUUUUCCAGUGAAACCCUCAUUUUUCCAAGUGCAGACCCUAGUUCUUCUCGUGAGGAUUGUGAAAAACAUUUAUACUCUGGCUUAAUGCAAUCUGAAGAAUUGGAAUCUCCUAUGAAUGAGAAUGACUGUUUUGAAGAAAAUUCUGAAUCAGCUGAAUCGAAUUCACCAGAUUCGCCUAGUAAAAAUAAUAAUUCUUCACUUGAUUCUAACCGAGGUUUUGGUAGCAAAGAAAAUUGUGAAAAAGGUGUAUAUCCAGGUUUAAUCAUGCAGUUAGAAGAAUCAGAAUCUACUAUGAAUGAGAAUGACGUUCCGGAAGAAAAUUCUGAAUCAGCCGAAUCAAAAUCGCCAAAUAAAGAUCCUAUUUCUUGUAAAGAUUCUAGUUCUUGUCUUGAUUGUUACAAAGGUUUUGAUAGUAAAGAGGAUUACGAAAAGCAUUUAUAUUCUGGUCUUUGUUUAGCUCAUUUAUCAAAACCUCCAAAUAACAAGUCAAAAAUCAUUUGCCAUAUAUGCCAAGAAAAAUUCAACACCGCAAGGGAGUUAGAUAAACAUUUGACUGUUAAGAAAUGCUAUAAACGGGAUUCAGAAACUGCUCCUGUAGUUGCCGAUGACCCUCGUGUUUGCUAUCUGUGUGGUGAAGGUUUUAGUGAUAUAAGCAACUUAGAAUUACAUCUAAAGAAACAUGCUGAUGGUCCCAUUUUUCCUUGUGAGGAAUGUGGAAGAAUAUUUACUAAAAAAGACUAUCUAAAAUCUCAUUCAGCUAUUCAUAAUGUUGAGAAGAACUUUGUUUGUGAUAAAUGUAACAAAUGCUUCUCUCAAAAUCGCUAUCUUAGGAGACAUUAUCGUCUUCACACGAAGGAGAAAUUAUUUUCUUGCAAUUUAUGUGGCAAGACUUAUAUUGAAAAGAGAAAUUUUGUUGCCCAUUAUAGAAUUCAUACUAACGAUCGCCCUUUUACGUGUGAAACGUGUGGUAGAUGUUUUAAUAAUAAAGUCAGUUUAACAACACAUUAUCUGACACACAUGGAUGAAAAGCCACAUGUAUGUGUAGUGUGUGAUAAGCGAUAUUUGUAUAAAAGUUCCUUAAGAUCUCAUUAUUUAACUCAUACAAGGGAAAAACCACAUGCUUGUGAUAUUUGUAACAGAAAGUUUAGUGAAAAAAAUAAUUUGCGUAGACAUUAUUUGCUUCAUACCAAUGUGAAACCACAUGUUUGUAAUAUAUGUGACAAAAGUUUUACUCAUUCUAAUAGCUUGAAAUCUCAUUAUAAUACACAUUUUGGUUCUGUGCCAAAUGAAUAUUCCAUUGAAUAUCAAGAAUAA